CCGGCUUCUCCUCCUGCUUGCCUCUCGCUCGAUAAAGCCCCCACCCACCACCAUGCUGUCCCAGGUUUCCCGUGUCGCCCAGCGCCAUGCUUGCACCGCUGCCUCCCGGGCUUUCGGCACCUCGGCCGUCGCCCGGCGCACCGAGUAUGACACCUUCGGCCCGGUCGAGGUUGCUGACGACAAGUACUGGGGUGCCCAGACUCAGCGCUCCCUGAAGAACUUCGACAUCGGUGGCCCGAGCGAGCGCAUGCCCGCCCCCCUGAUCAAGGCCUUCGGUGUGCUGAAGAAGUCCGCGGCCGUGGUCAACCGCCAGCAUGGUCUGUCGCCGGAGGUGAGCGACGCCAUUGUGGCCGCCGCCGACGAGGUCAUCCAGGGUAAGCUGAAUGACCACUUCCCGCUGGUUGUCUGGCAGACCGGCUCCGGCACCCAGACCAACAUGAACACCAACGAGGUCAUCUCCAACCGUGCCAUCGAGAUGCUCGGCGGCACCCUCGGCUCCAAGACGCCGGUUCACCCGAACGACCACGUCAACAAGAGCCAGUCCUCCAACGACUCCUUCCCCACUGCCAUGCACAUCGCGGCCGUCCUCGAGACCCACGAGCGCCUUCUGCCCGCCAUGGAGAAGCUGCGCGAUGCGCUGGCCGCCAAGUCGGCCGAGUUCGAGCCGAUCAUCAAGAUCGGCCGCACUCACCUGCAGGACGCCACCCCCCUGACUCUGGGCCAGGAGUUCUCCGGCUACGUGCAGCAGGUGGAGUUCGGCAUCGAGCGCGUCAAGAGCUACCUCCCCCGCCUGUACUACCUGGCCCAGGGCGGUACCGCCGUCGGCACCGGCAUCAACACGCCCAAGGGCUUCGAUGUGGCCAUUGCCUCGGCCAUUGCCCAGGAGACCGGCUACCCCUUCCAGACGGCCCCGAACAAGUUCGAGGCCCUGGCCGCCCAUGACGCCAUCAUCGAGGCCCACGGUGCCCUGAACACCUUUGCCGCCUCCUUCAUGAAGAUCGCCAACGACAUCCGCCUGCUCGGGUCCGGCCCCCGCUGCGGCCUGGGCGAGAUUAACCUCCCCGAGAAUGAGCCCGGCUCGUCCAUCAUGCCUGGCAAGGUCAACCCCACCCAGUCCGAGGCUGUGACCAUGGUCUGCACCCAGGUCUUCGGCAACCAUGUCACCGUGACCGUCGGCGGCUCCAACGGCCACCUUGAGCUCAACGUCUUCAAGCCGUCCAUGAUCAAGAACUUCCUGCACUCCCUGCGUCUGCUGGCUGACUCGUGCCACUCGUUCACUGACAACUGCGUUGUCGGCAUCGAGGCCAACACCCAGCGCAUUGACACCAUCAUGAAGGAGUCCCUCAUGCUUGUCACCGCCCUCAACCCCCACAUUGGCUACGACAAGGCUGCCGCUUGCGCCAAGAAGGCCCACCUCGAGGGCACCACCCUCAAGGAGGCCGCCAUUGCCCUGGGCCAUCUGACCGAGGAGCAGUUCGACCAGUGGGUCCGCCCGGAGGACAUGAUCCACCCCAAGUAAAUGCGCGUGUGUAUGUGUGUGCACUAGCCACGGCCCGACCUAUGGGCGUUCGCUCCCUCCCUCUUUCCAUCCCUUCCUGUCUCCCCUGAAGGGGGGUGGGGGUGGGGGGGGGGGCCGUGGCGAGCGAAACACGUGCGCGGGCGUCACCGCCUUCUUCCCCCCCUGACCGUGCGCGCGUGUGUGUUUGCUUCGUGACCAUGAGUGAGUGUCUUGUUUGUGUUUGCUCGGCGUCGCCUGCCGCGCGCAGAUGAGCGUCCUCGAUGAGCAAAAUACAGCCGCCCUCACGUACUCCGUGUGUUGCCAUGUGUGUGUGUAUGUG